UUACGAUUUUGAAAGGGAAAGUGGCCCUUUCACCUCCCGGCUCCGAGGCAGGCAGCUUUUGUUUAGGAAGGGAUGCAAAAGGCCUUACCCGUACCCCAACCUCCCGGGCCCAAAGAAAGGGGAGCGAGGCCUGAGAGGCUCUGAAGUCCUCUUGGGUCUUGCGCUAGGUUCCCUGCUUCCUCCCCAUCCCAAAGUUGCGAGCUUUCAACCGGGAAGUCGUGCCGCCGCCAUUGUCGCGGCUGCUCUGGGGUAGGGGAGGCGGCUGCCGCCGCUUAUGUAAGUUUGACUUUCCUGGAGCCCCGGCUCUGUAACGGCGGCCUAGCGCGCCCGCGGUUUGGAGAACCACAGUAAAGGGGCAGUUUGUCUGGAGGUGUAGUUGAGGCUACUACGUCUUUCCCUCCACCUACACAGAUGCUGGCAACGGCUAUCUUCCAGUUUAACUCACCUCAGCUUCGCAACUGGAAAUCUUAGCAGAAAAUAAUGGUCCACGGUUAUCUUGAGAGAGAGUGGGGGCCAAAUAUCACACUGCACCCCCCUCCUUCCCCCUAUUCAGCCCAGUGGUGUGUUGCCAUGGGUACUGCAAGGCCACUCCUUCCUUAGUCCCAUGCACUUUCAUCCCACAAGCCCUAGGGAGAGUUAAAACAGUGGAAAGUGACUGGGUAGGAAGGUUUUGCGUGGAUGCCUUCCCUUGGAGAUGACUGCAGGCCGAGGUGCAUCUAGGGGACAGGCAGAGUGGGAAGCAACCUUAGAAGUAACGUUGCCUAGCUCUCACACUGCAGAUAAGAAACCCCCUGCUACUUUAGGGAACUUAGUGGUGUGUUUACUUUACUGGAGAGGGAACUUUUGAGGGGUUUCAGAAUGUUGGUCACUAAGUUUGGGUAUUGCACAAUUUUUGUGUAAGAAUAUUGCAACUCAGUCCUUGGUCCUACCACACACCAUAGUUUGUGUGGUCACUGUUCAAUAGAGGAAGGUGGUUUUCAGAAUACUGGUCUGCAGGAUAGAGUCCCUCUGGGACUUCCAAAAGCUCCCAAAAAGCUACAAUUUUUUCAGUCUCACAGUAGGGAUAGAGGUGAACACACCUGGAUUUCUCAAUUACAACCAUAAAGACCGGUGUAGGUUAAGCGGUAGGUGCACAUCACAUAGAAGCAUGGGAAGAAAGCUGGACCUGAUGCUGCCAGUCACCCUCCUCUCUGUUCCCAACCUGAAAAUGGGUACAUGUGCAAGUGGCAGAACGAGAAAGGAAAGUUUAUUUUUUUAAAUCAAUUCUUGAAAAUAUUCUUGUUUAGAAUUUGGGAUAGAGGAAGGUCCUACCUUAUUCUCGUUUGUCCUUUUCUCUUGUAGGACUGGUGCUUCCCUGAUCAGAGUUAUUCUGAUCUGAAGAAUUUGGUGUUUGAAGCAUUAAGAUAAUAGCCUGAGUUGUUCAUGGAGUUUUUCAUCAGUAUGUCUGAAACCAUUAAAUAUAAUGACGAUGAUCAUAAAACUCUGUUUCUGAAAACACUAAACGAACAACGCCUGGAAGGAGAAUUCUGUGAUAUUGCCAUUGUGGUGGAAGAUGUGAAAUUCCGUGCACACAGGUGUGUUCUUGCCGCCUGCAGCACCUACUUUAAAAAGCUCUUCAAGAAGCUUGAGGUGGAUAGCUCUUCGGUAAUAGAAAUAGAUUUUCUUCGCUCUGAUAUAUUCGAAGAGGUCCUGAACUACAUGUACACAGCAAAGAUUUCUGUGAAAAAAGAAGAUGUUAACCUAAUGAUGUCAUCAGGUCAGAUUCUUGGUAUCCGAUUUUUGGAUAAACUCUGUACCCAGAAGCGUGACGUCUCUAGUCCUGAUGAAAAUAACGGCCAAUCAAAAAGUAAGUACUGCCUCAAAAUAAAUCGCCCCAUUGGAGAUGCUGCUGACACUCAGGAUGAUGAUGUGGAAGAAAUCGGGGACCAGGAUGACAGUCCUUCCGAUGACACAGUAGAAGGCACCCCGCCGAGUCAGGAGGACGGCAAGUCUCCGACGACAACGCUCAGGGUUCAGGAAGCAAUCUUAAAAGAGCUGGGGAGUGAGGAAGUCCGGAAGGUCAAUUGCUACGGCCAGGAAGUCGAAUCCAUGGAGACUCCGGAAUCAAAAGACUUGGGGUCCCAGACCCCACAAGCCUUAACAUUUAACGAUGGAAUGAGCGAAGUGAAGGAUGAACAGACCCCGGGCUGGACAACAGCUGCCAGUGACAUGAAGUUCGAGUACUUACUCUAUGGCCACCACCGGGAGCAGAUUGCCUGCCAGGCGUGCGGGAAAACCUUCUCUGAUGAGGGCAGGUUGCGGAAGCAUGAGAAACUCCACACGGCAGACAGGCCAUUUGUCUGUGAAAUGUGCACAAAAGGUUUCACCACCCAGGCCCACCUGAAAGAACACCUCAAAAUCCACACGGGCUAUAAGCCCUACAGUUGCGAGGUGUGCGGAAAAUCAUUUAUCCGCGCCCCAGACUUAAAGAAGCAUGAGAGAGUUCACAGUAACGAGAGACCAUUUGCGUGCCACAUGUGUGACAAAGCCUUCAAACACAAGUCCCACCUCAAGGACCACGAACGACGACACAGAGGGGAAAAGCCCUUUGUAUGUGGCUCUUGCACCAAGGCGUUUGCCAAGGCGUCUGAUCUGAAAAGGCACGAGAACAAUAUGCACAGUGAAAGGAAGCAGGUGACCCCCAGUGCCAUCCAGAGCGAGACAGAACAGUUGCAGGCAGCAGCGAUGGCCGCUGAGGCCGAGCAGCAGCUGGAAACCAUCGCCUGUAGCUAGAGGUGAUGGGACAGGACCCCGCUUCGCCUGAGCCCCAGAGACUGACACUGCAUUGUUCACCACACGUGGGCGCCAGUCACUGUAGUUUUGUGGAAACUUACAGAGCAUUGUACUCACUGGACUAAAGGCAGUGCUUGGUUGGGUAUUUUUAAAACUUUGCAAGGACAUAAGGUUCCUUGGUUCUGACCAAACAGUUUCACUGUCCCUGUCUGGUGUCUGGUAAUAAUGUUGCCAGUAAGUCCCCCUCCCUCUUUUUUAUGGUUUUAAUUUGAGAACUCCUGUGUCAAGUUCACAAGUGGGAGACUUCUUUUCCAUGUGUAAUUCCUCUCGACACUUGCUGCGCUGGCAAGUGUACUGCACAGAGUGAUAAUUGAGUACAUUGAUUUCCUGAUCAUCACAAUUAUAUGUGACUUAACAGUCAAAACAGCCUUUUUAAUAACAAUAAAAGUACUUCAUGUAGAUGCAGAAAAUACUGGUGGGUGGUUGACCAAGAACACUGCGCGGACAUGAACACAAGUUCUGGAAGUGCAGAAUGGUAUUAGAUUUGUAUUUGGUUUGUUAAUUUUAUAUCACUGUCACUAUUUUUUUGUGGACAAUUAACGGUUGCUUUGCUAAAAUGUUUCUUCAUUUCAAUUGCCCGCACUUACCCCAAAAGAUGAAGUCACAAAGUCCCGAACACAGGCUGAGCAGAUCCACAGGGAGGAUGGCUGUCUGGGGGCUGAGUUCUUCUUAUUCCUCUCUUUUGGGGCAUUGUCACUUAGCAGCAGACGGGGUUUGUGUGGUAGACCAGUUAUUUGAGGGAUAGCAAAGGGGGGAUAGGAACCUGGCUCUCAGGGACAAGGUUUUCAUGUUUGCAACAAUUCCAAGAUUUUCUAAAUCAAAAUAAUGCUUAGUUGAUUUUUGAAAUUGGUUUUUUAUUUUUAUUUAGGGUCAAAAUUAGGACAUACAUUCUCCACAUAUAUUUGUGCCACUUAAGAGAAUGUCAUCAAGCGGUUGGGCUCUCUGCAGCACGUGAUUUAUAGGAGAUGUAAUAUUGCUUAAAUUAAUAAAUUGAAAAUCUUUUAAGUGUGUAAAUAGUGUAGAAGUGUUGGUCUUAUGUAUUUCAAGUAAAAGUAGACAGCUGCACUUUUUUUUUUGCACAUUGAAUUAAAAUAACUGUCAUAAGCAGCAAACAUCAGUCUCUUUUUUUAACCAAUACUAAAGACUAUCAGACCAAAUGUUUAUUUUUUGAAGUAUAUUUCAUCAUUGGUGGUUACAGUUUUAAGUAGAAUUUGAUUGCCAUUUCAUAGCCAUAAAUGGAAUUAUAAACGCUGUUCCAAUUUGGGUGUACGAGAACUUUUUUUUUAACCAUUUCUUUAGGAAUAUAUUGAAAUAUCAAAAUAGUUUGAAUUAUGUUCUGUAAUAAAGUAUUAGUCAAUUAAUUUAGAAUGUACAAUUUUAGGAAAAUGUCAUUUUUCAAAUUUGUUUUUGAUUCCUAGAAGUUUUUUUUUCUCAAGAUACAUUAAAGUCAUUUCAUUUCAUACUUGUUGCAUUAACACCUGUAAUUACUGUUGUGGGAGAAAUUUUAUUUUUUAAAUUGAUUGUAUAUAUUGUGCCUAAGAUCAUAGGAUGAAGAUACUGCCUUUUGAAGAAAGUUAUUUAUUGGUAAAAUGUUUAGUUUAAAAUUUAACUUAAUUUUCUUUCUUAAAAGCCAUUUACUCUGUCCUCAAAGCAGUCCUGUCACGUGUUUAGAUGCUGUUAGAGGAAGGGGAGCUGAUUGGCGUUCCUUGGCUGUUUUAACCAAAGCAGAGGAAAAAUAAUUUAACGUUGUGUUGAUAGCUACUUCAGCAAAUCAUUUUUAGGCGCUUCAUUUUUGUAUAUAAAAGAUAAUAUACUUCUA